CACAAUCUCUAUCUGUGCUAAAACUUUUAAAACCUCCCUCUUCUUUUGUUUAUAGACAAUUUAAUUUUUUCAACCGGUGGUAUUUUAUGUAUUGGUAGGCGAUAUUUAUCUUUUGCAGAAAUGGUUAAACGGAAACAACGUACCCCUAAACGCGUGUCAGAACUUAAUGAAUAUGUUUGGGAAGGCCGACGCUUGGCUGUAGCUGAGCCAGAGCACCAAGAUGUGCCUGAAAACAGUGGAAACAAUCGUAAGAAAAGGACUAAAUUGGGAAACAGUAUAGCUCCAGUAGAUUAUGUAUUACAGUCAAAAUUAUCUGAUUGUUUAUUUUAUCUCAAAAUUGUUGGACUUGGAAAUGAAAUAUCAAGUCUUUUUUUGGGAACAGUUAUUUUAAAUGUCGAGGCUAGUUCUUUACCACAGUGUACAGAAUUUUGGCUGUACGUUAGUGAAGAACAAAGAAAAAGUUUCUUGUACUUCGAAGUUGAUGACAAGGUACACUACUACACAGUGACACAGGGUCUGGAUAUAGACUUUUAUUCAGCUCUUUCCCGUAAAUGCUUUACAUUAAAGUUCGAAGAAUUUGAUGGUGAGGCUUGCCAUGUGAGAAUACGCAUUUAUCUGCCAGAACCUGAAUGCCUGAGACUGCAGCAGAAGAAAGUUCCCGAGCUGCAAACCGUUAUUGGUCAUUUUUACCAGAUUGCAGCACCAGUUUUCGAUGACAGUAGGUGUAUGAUCAACCACAAUGUUCAAGAACUGUAUGAUGCAGUUAAACAGUUUUAUCGUGAUGCGGGUGAUCCUAUGAAUUUCAAUGUGGAACACGAGGAUCUUAAGCCCAAACUACGUCCAUAUCAAGUACAAGCUGUUAGUUGGAUGCUGAGUAGAGAAUCACAAUCUCCAAAAACAGAGGCACAAGAAGAGGUACAUUGCCUGUACGCGGAACUGAGGCUGCCGGAUGGGAAGCUCGUGUACUACAACAAGUGCUUGGGCCACAUUCUUCUGCAGAAGCCAGUCAGCAAGCCUCCUCCCACGGGUGGCAUCCUUGCAGACGAAAUGGGACUGGGUAAAACGGUGGAAAUUUUGGCAUUGAUUUUGAUGAACCCCAGGAAGGAUGUUCCGGCCAUCGAGCACGUGAAAGAGGACGACGAUGCUACCGUCUCGUGUGUCGACGAAAUAUCUUUGCCUGCCAACAAUGCGGACGACGACGAUGCCGGACUGUCGGAAGGACCGGUGCCGGAAAGUAUCCGGGUCAAUGCAGACGCGGCGAAGGAAGUAGCAGUUCCGAGAGUCAGGAAGCCUACCAAGUGCAAAGUUUCCAGAACCAGGAAGAAGACGAAACGGAAGAAAGCUACGGCAAAGAACGGGAAUGUUGCGGAGGAGCGGGAGGAGCGGAAGCAGAAGCGGAAGGUGAGCCAGUUGAGGCAGCUGCUGCAGCAGUGGUACGACGAGGUUCUCUCUGGCAUCGACCGCAGACCCGUCCAGCCGGCGAAGGUGUCGGUCCACUGUCUGUGCGGACAGGAGAGUCCGCAGGAGGCACGGGUGCGCUGCUCGGCUUGUGCCACGUGGCAGCAUCACAAGUGCGUCAACUACCUCAUGGGGAGAGCGGAGAGAUAUUUGUGCCCUCCGUGUUGGCAGAAGAAGGAACCAGUUGUAUCUGGCUGUAGCUUGAUUGUAACACCCAAUUCUAUAUGCAACCAGUGGGUCGAUGAGAUACGUACACACAUCAGCAACACUGAUUUUAAAGUUUUAGUGUACAGGGGUGUGCACGGUGUGGGCUUUAUUCAACCAUAUCAAUUGAUGGAGUAUGAUGUGGUAAUAGUAACAUAUGAGACAUUACGAAAGGAAUUAAACUUUGAUGCCAAUGGUUCACAGCAUAAAAAACUUCGCCACGAAAAAAGGUUUGUCUCGCCUCCGUCGCCUCUCAGCUGUGUGUCGUGGUGGCGCGUCUGUCUCGACGAAGCGCAGAUGGUGGAGGGAGCCUGCAAAGCUGCAGAGAUGGUCCAGCGCCUGCCGUCGACCCACCGCUGGGCCAUUACGGGGACCCCUGUCCAGAAGACAUUCCAAGACUUGUAUGGUCUGCUGCUUUUCCUGGGUGUGGAUCCAUACUGCGAGCAUAUGUGCUGGCAGGACUUGCUGUACAAGCCAUACUGCCUCAACGAUAGAGCUCCUCUUUUAAAGGUUAUGUGCCAGUUUAUGUGGCGUACACAAAAGAGAGACGUGUUGCAGCAGAUGGGAGUGCCUGAAAUGAAAGAAGAAAUAAUAUUUCUACACUUUUCUCCUAUAGAAGAAUUCUAUUAUCGUUGUCAGCACUUGUCAUCUUCAACGGAGUUCAGGCGUAAACUAUUGAGCACUCACUUGGACACUCCAUUUGAUUCAAUGGACCGGCAGAUAUUAGCUAAGAUACUGGCUCCAUUGGUCCAGCUGCGACAGGCUUGUGUUCAUCCACACGCUGUUCGUCGGGGGGCAGUACAUCUCAUUGGUAAUAAAGACACCAUGACCAUGGAAGAGGUAUUGGAAUCCAUGAUAAAAAAAACCAAAACAGACUGUGAGGAAGAGUUACGGAAGUACAUUUCUUCUCUUAAUGGCAUGGCUGGCAUCGGUUUGAUUAAUGAGAAGUAUCCGGAGACAGUUGAACUUUACCGGCAGGUGUUGAGGACCUCGGAGGAGCACAACUUCUUGAAAACUGAUUCGCUGCAGAAGAUCCAUGCCAUGCACAACCUAGCCGAGGUGUUGGCAUUGCAUGCGGGCAGUGUUCCACCCACUUUGAGGGACGACAAGUUGUUGGAAGAGGUGAAAGACUUGGAGACUGAGUACAUAAGCAAACACGAAACACUGCUGGCGGCCAGCCUGCGGACCGUGAAGGACCUGGGCUCCUCGGUGGGGGAGGUGCGGGCCGGCCUGCACGGGAGCCUGGACUGGUGGUGGGCGGCGGCGCUGGAGCGCCUGGCGGCCGCCGGAGCAACCCAGGAGCUGCUGGGCCUCGUCACACUGGAGCUGGACUGCCCCCCCUGGCUCCGAGAGAAGACACCUGUGGCGACAGUGUCGCACCAUCUUCAGAUGUGGACUCAAUCUGUUGUGAAAAAGCGGAAGAUAGUUCUGAAAGACUUGAAGAUGUUGCAGGCAGUACCAUGUUUAGAUUUGGUAAAUGAAGCUUUGAGUUGCCAUCUCCGCGUGCAGUAUAAAAAUAAGACAAGGUUGUGUCGGUCGUGCAAGCACGAGUCGCUGCUGAAGAGCUACGAGAGCGACUUGUUCGCGGUGAGCAAGAACCAGGCGAGGCACGCGCUGGUGGGGGAAGUGUUGGUGCUGGGACAACUCAACCAGGGCUCCUGGAAGCCAAACUUCAUGGAGUUGGUGCUGAGGAAAGUGCUUUCUUGCGCUCGUCUCAGAGGCUUGGACAGCCAGUGCAUCGAAGAUGGCAACUCGUGUUUCAGAUGGCUUGAUUUGCUGAAAAAAGAAUUUAAGCACCUGCGAGUGUUGUGGAGACAGCUGCACGACAAGGUGUCUGCAGUUGAUGAACUCAGUAUGUCCAAGUUGCGACUGAGACUUCGCAUGGAGGACGAACCCUUGACGAGCUCCGCAAAAGACCCACACAAUCUGCGGUCUGUGCAGCCCGACAGUUUGGCCAAAAUUCACGUGAUUGAUCCGUACCAGCUUGAUAUGUAUGAGACUAAGUUGUACAACGAAAGCGAGCUCUCCUUGAGUGAGCUGAAGAAGAAAACUGGUCAGUUUGUUUAUUUACAAAAUCUUCGCAAAGAGAAUACACUCGGCAGUCAGCCGUGUCCCAUCUGCAAGGGUGAACUGAAGGACAAGUGGAAUGUUCUGGAAUGCGGGCACAGCUUCUGCUUGGAAUGUGUGACCACACUGCUCAACCAGAUGAGCAGGAACAGGACUUUGGUGAGGUGCCCUGUGUGUCGCGAGUUGUCCGACCACAGGAACAUAUCGUACGUCGUCAUCGAUGACAAAUGCAAGCAAGGAGAAACGUGCGAAGAUGAGCUGUCAGUGCAAGGCUCAUAUUCCACCAAAGUCGAGGCGAUUGUCCGCAGGUUGCUGGCGUUGAAGAAACAAGAUCCUUUUGUCAAAGCGUUGGUGUUUUCUACGUGGGACAAAGUGUUGGACAUCCUUGAAUCUGCUUUAGUGAAAAACGAUAUCACCUUCACUCGAAUACGUACUGGAAUAAGGAAUAAGGAUUCAGUGAAACAUUUUAAGCUGGCUGCGGGUGACAGUCACAUCACUGCCCUUCUCCUCCCGGUACACCUCGGCUCCAAGGGUCUCAACCUCACAGAAGCAACACAUGUCCUGCUGACUGAGCCCAUUCUGAACCCAACUGACGAGCUGCAGGUUCUUGGGCGCAUGCAUCGUAUUGGACAGACCAGGGAAACAACUGUGCAUCGUUUCUUGAUCCACAACACCAUUGAAGAGCGCAUCCACCUUGCUAUGCAGUCUGGUGUAGACCAAUGGACUACUGGGAAAGUUACCCUGCGAAAAUUCCAACAACUUCUUGUUCAAAGUUAAUUCAAAGAUAAGACAGAUAACAAGCUCUCUGAAUAUAUUCGUAAUAUCUAGUGUUCAAUAGUAGUAGUACUUAAGAAGUGCAGAACUCAAGAUCUCAAACUUUUUCAUAUUUUACAUUUUCUGAAGAAUGUAAGAAUUUUUUAAGGUGAAUUAAUGUAAAUUGUAAACUUUUGUAAUGAAUUUAAUGUUUAUUUUAGUGUAAAUAUUAGGGAUGGGAAAUUUUCAAAAUUUUCGAUUCGAUACCGAUUAUCGAGUCUUGUUGCGAUCAUCGAUUCUUAUCGAUUAUCGAUUCCAAUCAAUUAGGUUAAGUUAUAGAUUCUCAUUUUCGGGAUUGAAGUAUAAGUUACAAUGGAAUCAGUAAACAUACUUAUUGAAUACACUAAAAAAGCAUUUUUCAAAAUAAUAAAUAAAUACUAUUAAAUUUAACACAUAAAACAAAACUUUACAUUACUUGAAAUAAAGAAAUUGAAAUUACUAUUCUGUAAUGUGUAAUGUGUAGGGCAAGCAUUAUUUUUUAUGUGGAUUAUGUUUAAUCCAGUUGAAUAUGUAAUUUUGAAAAGAGAAUACGUAAUUUAGUAAUAGGUCAGUAGUACUAAUAAAAAGUGAAUUGUCGUAAAGUCAUCAAAAUACUAACAAUUUCAUUGGAAUACAAUUUAAUAAAUAGUAUAUUAAUUACUAAAUGUACAAUCAUUAACAUUUAUCAAUCAAACUUUAAAUAGCCACAAAAAGUUGUGAUUAUUAAAAAUAUUGUAAAAAACCAGAAACUACCAAAUUCAAUCUUUAUACCUUUGAAAUAAAUGACAACAUAGUGAAAUAUCAUAAAAACAACACUUUUGACAAAAUAAAAUUGAAAGUUCUUAAAAUAAUAAAUGAAAACUGGCAAAGCAUCUUAUUAGAUCACAAAGUCUUAUUAGAUCCUAAAUUCUUAUUAGAUCACAAAUUCUUAUUUAAAAAAACCAACAUUUUGACUCGUUCAGGAUCUAAACGGUUCCGUUUCUGAUCAACAAUCAGUCCUGCAGUGCUGAAUAAUCGCUCGGAAUGUACAGUUGAAGGUGGAAUGCAAAGAAAUUUCUUUGACAGUUUUUUUAAACAUGGGUACUUGGUAUUUUCUUUCCAAUACUGGAAAACGUUGGUACUUGAAUUUUGAAUAGGUUCUUCCAAGUAAACAUUAAUCUCAUCUUCAACUGAUGCGAUGUGGCUUACACUUGGGGCAGUCUUCAUUAUGUUUGAGUAAAAUGUCCACAUACCAUGGCUUUCCAUUGCUUGGCUGGAUGUUUGCGGCACAGACUGAGAGAAAAGCAACAAAAUUUUCAAAAUUAAAAAUUAAAAAUGAACAAACAAAUGUGUCAACAUAAAACAGCAGAAGUAGACAAAUAAGAAUACACUUAAUGAAUUACAAGGAAAUUAGCACCUAACUUACCUCAGUUUCAGGUUGUUUCAAACAGAUAGUUUUUCUUGCUUCUUCAAUCAAAAAAACUUUCGCUUUUGUGACAUUACCGUCCUGCACAAAAACAUGGUGUUUAAAUCGUGGGUCCAGUAAUGUUGCAACUGCGUACAACAUAUUCUCUUCAACAUCAGAAUACUUCAAAGUUAUGGCAGCAAGCAUAUCAUUUUUGAUGCCCUGUACACCUGAUCCAGUAGGUGCUGGUUUCCUUAGCUCUUCAGUAGAACUGUUGAUUAUAGGUAUGACUUCUGAGGCUGUCACACACUGAGUACUUACAGCCAAUGUUGCAUGGUUGAAAAUACUUAAAAGGUUUACUACAUUUGUCAUCAGGUUCCAUUCUGCUGAUGAAAAAGUCACAGGUAACUGCAGAGUUGCUGAUGCUAAAGAAACAGACUGUUUUUGCUCAAGUAAGCGCUGUAGCAUAUGGAGAGAUGAAUUCCAACGCGUUGGUUCAUCCUGGAUAAGUUUAUGUUUUUUCAUUUUCAGCGUGGCUUGAGCCUUCUUUAACUCUUUUGUCGCCUUACAAGAAUGUUUGAAAUGGCCAACUAUGCGACGACCGUUGGCAAUCAGAUUAUUUACAUUCUUGUUGUUCAGUAGCCCUUCCUUUACAACAAGCUGCAGGGUAUGUGCUAGGCAUGGCAGAUGUUCAUAUUCGGAUGAUUCUAGGCCAGCAGUUAUGUUCCUGGCAUUGUCUCUUACAAUGGCAACAACUUUAGAUUGCAGCUUCCAUUCUUCAAGUGUUUCUGUGAUAAAAUUGCACAAAUUGUUCCCUGUGUGAGAUAAUUCAGGAAAGGGAAUAACCCCAAUGUUGAGGUGUUGCAAGACAAAAUUGGAAUCAACAAAAUGCACAGUUAGACCAAGAUAAUCGUCAUUGGCUGUUGAAGUCCACAUAUCUGUUGUAAGACUCACAUGUUCAGCUUCGUCCAACUUUUUGUUCACAUUUUCCCUACAUUCUUGGUACAUGUGUGGUACAACAGUAUUUGAAAAAUGUUUUCUGCUGGGCAAAACAUACCUAGGCUCAAGGAAUUUGACAAAUUCUGUGAAUCCUCUGUCUUCAACCAUGCUAAAAGGACGAUUGUCUAAGCACAUCAUUCUACCUAUGUGCUGAGUUAUUGAUUUUGCACGAGGAUCAGUGGACUUGAAUUGUGCAGUUUUAUCAAUAAAUGAUUGUAAUGUAGGCUGGUAUUGACUUUUAGGAGUUAGCCUAUACUGGUUUGGUGUUCUUGAUGAAAUAUUCGUUUGGCCAACUUUCUCAGCAUGCCUCGGGGACACUGAACCGCUGCCUCUCGAUGAAUCAGUAGCAGUAGGCCUAACAUCUGAAUUUGAUGACAAUGGCAAGGUUGUCUCUGAAGAACAAUUUUGUGCUGAACUAUCAUCUAUUUCAUUUUCUUCAAUCUCGCUCAAUUCCGAUGAAUGUAGCCUUUGUUUCUUCGUCUCAUGAACGUAACUCCCAUGCUUGUUUUCGAGAUGUUUUUUCAUGUUUGUUGUAGUUUUAGAUUUACCGCCACGUGAGAUUGUACAUUUACAGAUUUGACAUAUUGCGUAGCCAGAAUUUUGUCGGUCGAUGACAAAGUAUUUCCACACUUCACUAGACAUCACGUAAAUAAAAAUGUUAUUUUACUAUUCGUAUUGCGCUAACAUUACCCAACAUUCAAACAAAGAAGCAUCACUGGAAACAAAAGCAUGUAAGAAAAUUUCUACAGUUGCCGUACUGGUAACUUACUGGAAUGAAAACGUGUUUCAAAAACGUCCAUUGAAAUUUUAUGUUUAAGUUGCGUAAUUAACUGGUGAUUUAAUGUUUACUGUUAUUAAAUAAAUUACGGAAAAUACGUAACUCGUAAAAUGUUACGGGCUAUGGCCACAUUAUUCUUGCAUUUUAUCGUUAAGUAAUUGAGAAUAAGAUCUGUACCGGAAGUUGGCAAACCUGUGAAAGUUCAUGUAUAGACAAAUGCUGGUUAACAAAAAAAAUCAUUGACGAAAAUAAAUAUGCAACAACGCAAGUGAAUAAAUAUACUAGAAACGUAGAAAACGUGGCACACUUCUCAGUAGAAUCUUGAAAUUUUGUGCACAUGGCUACCAAUGUGGGUGUAUUCAGCAAGUAAAAGUUGGGCUACAAUUUCUUUAUACGAUAACACUGCGUUAAUAAAUAAAUAACCCUAAAUGCACAGUACGAAAUCGCCAACCUCCGUUCCCGCUUACGGGAUUGUGGCAACUGAGCUGUGGUAAGCUAUGUUAUAUUUCAUUUAUUAUUUAUUAUAUCGUUUAUGGUUAUUUAUUUAGUUGUAAAACUGACUAAAAUUACUGCAACGACAGCGAUGAACCGCUGCUAGGCAGCACUUUACGUCUACAUCCUGCAGAAUUUUAAUAAUCAGUGAUUUUCGCCGAUCCUCGAUUAUCGAUUAUGUAUCAAAAAAUCGGGGUAUCGAAGAAUCGACGGAUCGACUUUCCCAUCCCUAGUAAAUAUAUUACAUGGGCAUCUUUCUCAUCAUAGUUUGGUACUAAUUAUUCAAUUAAAGUAAUGUCAUCCAGGACUAUACCCUCCCUUAUUCCCGAUGUGCCUUGCCACUUCAGACCACUUCUCCUUCCAUUUCACCCUCUGUCUCAAACAGCAUAUUUUGUUGAUUGCUGUGAUCUCCCUAUGUUAAUGUUUGCGUUUAUAGAUGCUUCUCACAUAUAACGUUCAUUGUUAAAGGGAAAAAAAUAAUGUAAUAAAGUUUAUCCUUAAACUAUAUUUAUCGUUAAACUAUUAAAAAAUUGUUUCAAAACAAUAACAAAUAUGACCAUCAAAACCUUUACCACAAGACGCACGCUGUUACAAUAUAUUUUUCAACCAAUCAUCAGUUUGCAUUCAUAUCAACUUUGUGAGGCUGUUCCAUCUGUACACCAUUUCCCUCAUUCAAGGCAUAAGGUCUGAAGAAUAUACAACAAACCACUAGCCAUUUGUUGACCUGUUUGCGUGACACAACUGGUACAGAAAUUUGAUCACAGUUUCAUUGUUUGUUGAGCACUGUUGUAAAAAUUUUUAUUAUGAUGGAUGUAAUAAUAAACAUUUUAUUACUCAUCCUGCUACAGUAUCUGAUUUUGGCGGGGCUUAUACCCUAUUUACACUUAAAUUGUGCACAAUUUUUCGUAAAACAUGUGUUGGAAAAUCAUGGUACGAGGCUUAUUCAAAACUCGACAACAUCGCAUAGUGCUCAUGUUCCUACAACCUUGGUUGAUCUGCUACUGCUUAAAGGAACGAGACAUCUUGCAUGUGGUUUGUGUGUUGUGAUUUUUUUUUUCUGUGAGAAGCUGUUGCAAUGUUUGCAGGAUCUGCAUCUGCUGGAAAAAAACCUAAAAUGAUUUAAAAAGCUCCGGAUAUGAAAACUUGUGCCUUGGGUACAAAAAAACAUGGUUGUUGUUUGUGAGUGAUGUUAUUGCAAUAAAAAUUUCAAUUGAAAGGUGA